AUGCCUUCUCGGGACCAAGCGCAGGUGGUCAAGAUUCAGGGCUGGCGUGGGGACGUGCUCCAGCAAGCGGGCCUGUUGGAGCUUGCCCGGGAAUGCGGUCAGGAGCCUGUCCAGAUUGUCCAGCAGGUGCUUGAUUCGUAUCACCAGCUUGCAGCAGCAGAUGGCAGCUCCGAGCUUAUCGAGAUCUUCAAGACGGUUGCCGAUCAGCUGGGCGAGCUGGAAGACAGCGCGGAGGGCAACCAAACUUUGGAGGACCUUCACAAUGUGCUGCGCUGGGACUUCUCCACCAAGGUGCAGCGACUCAAGGACAAGGUGGACGGCGGCGAGGUGAAGGGCCCUGUCCGGCGCUGGUGGCAGGAUCAGUGCCGAUUGGCGGAGAAUGCAGAAUGGCACCCCGAUUCCGAGGCCCGCCUUGUGGAACGGCGACUUGCUCAGAAAUUCAAAGACACCCCCGACGAUGAAAAGGUGGCUUUCUUUCUGAGCAACUUCAAAAACGAACUCUUCGAAUUCAUGCGGAGUCGGGCAGAGGCUAUCCUUGGCGCAGAGAGCUGCGACGAGAAGGCCGAGAAGGAGAAGGAGCUGGAGAGCUUGUUCGAAGGCGAAGAUCUCUGGUACGAGGUUUUGCUAGAGACUGCCACGAUCGUCGCUCGUUGUCAUGCUCAACCAUCGGGCGAGGCAAGGGCAUCCCUGUUUGGCCUUGAUUGGACCGAAGCACCUGUCGAGAGCAUCAAGGCAAAGCGGGCCCAGCUGCUAAAGUCGUUUCAUACAGACAAGACAGAAGUUCUGGCGCUGCAUGUUCACAGCAGGCACUAUGAGGGGGAUAACAGGUUUAACAUGGAGGAACGUGUCCGUGAAGACAUGGAGAAGUUCAAUGCCGCGACCGGCUGCGUCAACGAGGCUGGAAGGGCCAUUGAGCAGGAGCGAGCUUUGCUGAAGGACCUGCAAAGCCGCGUGCAAGAUCUGGAACGGAGGGCCAAAUUGUGGGAAGGCCGAGCUAAGCAUCAUGCGCAGCAGGCUAAGCAGGACCCAUCCAGCUUGCACUGGGCUUGCAAGCGAGAAGCUGCCAAAUCCGCCCGUGAGAUUUGGGAUGAGCUCAGGCGCCUUCUCGACGGAAGUGAGGUCGAGGAGACACUGCAGGUGAGGCGUAUCCGGGUACGACUCUCCAUUGCCGAGGCUUGCAUACUGGAGGGCCUGCCGGGCAACGUGGCGCAGCUCUACGUGAUUGGUGCCAAGCGCUUGUGGCAUCGAACGUGGCCGCUGGACCAGCACAAGCAGCGCGAACACAAUGCUCUGCUCAAGACGAUUCUCCGAGUCGAGGCGCACGUGCAUGAGCCAGAGGCAAGCUCAAAAGGGGAGCAUCCGGCAGACACGGAGCCUAGAGGCGGCACUAAACAAAGCGGUCCUUCAGAUUCCCUGGCGCUGGCACUUCUCCCGACGGCAUGCAGGGGCCAGCGCCUGCGCAGUGACCUGCAGGUUGUCAAGCAAGAAGACUUGGACAGCGUGUUGCAGUCGACCAAGACCUUUGACAUGGAUGCGUACCAACUGAUGGUUCCUACUCUGGAAGUUGCCCGUUGUGAUACGACCUCUCCCAUGUGCCAGACUCUCGUGACGUUGAGGCGACGCACUGUCAGCACGGCAGCCGGCGUGGGAUUCUCGGGUGCCGUGGUGGGGGUGGGGUCGAUGCUGGGAUGCGUUGCUACGGCAGGAGUCGGUGCAGUGCUCCUGGCAGUUGGCGGCGGCUUGUACUACUGGCAGCAGUGCCAGAGCACGGCACGUGGGAAGUUCUUGAGACAGGUGCACCAUAUGGUCAAUGAAAGCCGGAAUGUGCUUCUCAUCGGCGGGGCAGAGGCCUUCCUCGAAACGCUGUGCAUGCCCUUGCCAAACUCGGAUGAGCUGCGGGAGGCAGCCGGGAAGCGAUUGUUGAACUAUCCCCACAGCUUGGAAGAACCUCUCGAAGACUUCAAGGGCAGUGUCAAGUUCCUCCUGCAUUGGGGGGUUUGUCCAGUCUUCAUCGGACAGCUGCUUCUGCAGGUAGCCGAGAUCUUCGCCUCCAGGCGCAUCAGGACGAUGAAGGUCGAUGGCGAGGUGCAGGCCCCGAUGUACAAUCGGCUGAAGAUGCAGGCGGAGGACAUCCUCCGGUAUCUGGAGGUCAGCGUGGCUGAGGGCGGGGAGUUGUUCAAGAAGGCGAAAGAAAUGGACAUGGAGGCAAGCGAGCGGGAGUGCGCGGAGCGUGCCCUUUUCAGCGGCACGGCAACCUUUGAGCAAAACCAGGGGAGUAGCCUGGAAGAGUGUUUCGCGUGGUCGAGCUUCUCUGAAUGGUAUUUGCGAAGUGAGCUUCCUGCAGCUGUAAAGAGCAAUGCAGCCGCAGUCGGGAUGAGUGUGAAGAAAGCCACGCAGCACUUUCAGGACGGUACCUCCAGAUUGGUUUCCGAACUGAAGGGCCUGGCGAGUCUUGCGAAGCUGUUUGCAUGUCCGGAGGUCAGCCGAGUCGAGCUUGAGCUGUCGCAAAGCCUCUGGUCCACUGUGGGCCAAGUCUUCUCGUAUUUUGUGAGCGAGACGCCUAUCAAGAACGAGCAGCAGGUCCAGCUUGAGCAACUCCUCCAGAUGACCAGGAUCAACAUGGCGAUGCUUCUGCUGCUCAACCAGGAUUCUAUGCAGGAGGAAGAUGGGAAUGUUCUGAAGGCAGAGAAGAUCCUGCAAAAGGUCUUGAAAUCCACGCAGGCUUCAAGCACUUCCUCAGACCUUCAGGUUCGCGUCAAGGCCGUCCAGGACUUUUUCGAGGUCUUCACGGGGCGCCGCCUCAAGGCCAUCGAGGACGGCGCAUGCCCAGUGGAGACCUUCAGGCAUGAGUUUUGGAAGUUCGCAGAUGGCGGAGAAGGCAUGGUCAGGAUCGUUGGAGCAUCUGCCAUGUCACAGGCACCGAGGUCACCAGAUGAGGAGAUGAAGUCCAUGGCUGUGGCUUUCCUCACUUCCAUGUCGUGCAACGGAACCAGACCAUGUCGAACUGAAGAAAUCCGUGCGGAAGCACAGGGGCUCCUGUCUUGGAUGAUCAGAGACCAAAGCUGUGCUCGGGAUGCCCUACCAGCCCUGGCGGCGCGUUAUGGCAUAGGGAAGGUGGUUGUGUGCAAGCCCCCCGCAGAGUCACAGACCGCCAUGGGUGACCGAGCCGGGCAAAAUGCAGAGAUGGAAACAGUCUUCGAAGCUGGCGCCGACGCGACAGGCCGGGAGGUGUGCUUGGUGGACGAUGGCCAAAAGUGGAGUGCAGUGCAGGUCUUCAAGGCCGGAGAUAUCGGAGAUGUUCAGCUCGCAGCCCGAGCACUUGCCGGCGACCUUAAGGAUCAUCCGAGCAGCACUGCGGUCUCGAGCUUGAAGAGGGUCCUAGAAGAGCUUGAGAAAGCUCUCCGACAGCAAGGACGGGAGCAGGGCGAUCGGGGGCUAGCUUUGGCAACGGAGCUGUUGAGAAUCCACUUCUCUCCCGCUUUACCCAACGACUUCCGCAAGGCCGAGAUCAUGAUGUCUUGUCUAGGCAUUUUGUCGGAGGAAGGGAUGCACAAGCUCAUCACUGACGAAAUCCUCGCCGACACGCAACGCUUCCUGUGGUUCCCGUCGAUCUUCUCAAAGAUCUAUUUGACCAAGGCGCAUUCCUACUUGUGCCAAGGCAAGGCAAAUCUCUCCGAGAAGUGCACGGAUGUGGUGGCCAAGACUCCGGAGUAUGUGAGCGGCAGUGAGAGCGAGAAGGAGUGGCUGAAGCGAUUGCAGACGGGGCAAAGUCUGGCGCUGCAGCAUUUCGAGUCUCCUGCUGCCUACCAGGCCGAGCAACCGGCCUGGGGAGAACGCAGCAGCAUGGGUCGUCGAUGCAAGUCCGGAAAGGCCUUGUACGUCUACGAAGAGGUGGCUGGGAGAUCCAAGCCAGCAGAACCUUACGGCAUUUUGAGUGUUAAUGGGGCAGGCGUUCAGAGCAUCAUGCCCGCUGUGAUCCUCAGCGAAUUGGAGCUGCGUCUGCGCAAGCCGCUGCACCAGAUCUUCCGACUGAUGGCAGGUGCGUCGACGGGCGCGGUGAUUGUGGGUGGCCUUGUGACGCCGACAGCCCAGGCGACAACUCCUCGCUACAGCGCCUGCGACAUCGCCCAGUUGUUAGUGUUCCAGCACAAGCAGAUCUUCAGCAUGACCCCCACUGGAAGCCACCUUCCUCGCGAGGGUGUGGAGAAGAUUUUAGGGUCCAUGACUUACUACGACGACAACCCAUCCAGUCCCAUCUAUCUGCGAGACACGCUCGGUAACAUCAUGGUUACUGCUUGCAGGAAGGACGGGAGCCUCUCUCAGUGGGUCAGUGAGGAAGCCAAGGCCUUUGAGAAGUACCAGUACCCAAGGAAUCUCAGGCUGUUCGAUGUGCUGAGGCCCAGAGGGGGAUCUGGAGGGGGCUUUAACGCUUGUGCGGUGUUGGGAAAGUCAUACGAGGUCAUCAGGACAGGCGCAAAGGUUACUGGUGCGUGGCUGCUGUUUGCUAUCGUAAAGUGUUCGGGCCAGGAGCUCUGCAGCCGGUACUUUUGCACUUCAUGA